AUGUUCCCGAUCCAAUUUUCUUUGUCGGCUUGUUCAGCUUUAUUGAACGGAAGAAAAAACGUUGGCAAGAAGCCCGCCUUUCCCAAUGUCGAACAGCGCUGGCCUAUCGCCAAGGUUAGAAUUGUGGAACUAAGAAAACUCUCUUCUUCCGUGAAUAGGGCCCGAAGCGCAUUCAAACUUAUUCAGAUCGACGACAAAUACGCAUUCUUACAACCAGGUGCCGUUGUCAUUGAUUGCGGUGCCUCUCCAGGGUCAUGGUCUCAAAUCGCUGUCGAAAGAACCAACUCUGAUGGACGUUCGCCGCGUAAGAAGAAAGGCGAAGUCAUCGCAGUUGAUUUACAACCCAUUCAUCCGCUUCCCGGGCUCACAAUUGUUGCUCCAGCGGAUUUCACUCACGAAUCCACUUUGAAGAAGCUCAAAGAAAUUUUAAAUGAUCGCCGAGUUGAUGUCGUUAUGAGUGAUAUGUCGCCGAGAGCAUCUGGAAUGAAAUCGUUAGACCAAGACGUGAGUCUGGAGUUGUGCAAAAGUGUGUUUCGUUACGCGUUGGAAGUCCUUUCCCCGGGAAAAGGGGUGUUUUUGUGUAAGAUGAUUUUUGGCGGAGACGCGUCCAGUUUCAUGCGUGAAGUCAAGAGUGCGUUUGAGGCCGCAUCUUUCGUGAAACCUGCGGCUAGUCUGGAGGACUACAGUGAUAUUGACUAUGAGGAAGAAGAAGUCGAAGAAGAAGACAAAGGCGAAGAGAUCGUCGUGAAAGGUUCCAUUCAGUUUAGCCUUGUGCCAAAGGAAGCUAUUGCAGCUGAUGGCGUGGUUGUCAGCAAGACGAAAGUACCUCCAAUUUCCGAAACUCCUACGAACGAACUGGCAUCGGCCGUUUUGACUGCUCCUGAUGGCUCGAUAGUUUACCUGAUCGGCACGGUUCAUUUUAGCCGUGAAAGUCAAGAGAUCGUUAAGGAGGUUAUUUCCCGUGUCCGUCCACGUGUGGUGGUGCUCGAGCUUUGCAGAGAACGUAGGGCUCUGUUGGAUAUUGAUGAAGAGACUCUGUUGGAAAAUGCGAAGAACAUAAAUAUUGAUGCUAUUCUUCAUGCCGUGAGGACAGUAGGAGUGUUCUCUGCAUGCUUGCAUGUGAUGUUGCUGAAAAUUUCAGCGGAAGUGACGAAAGUUUGCGGGAUGGCUCCUGGUGGCGAAUUCCGUUGCGCUGCGUCCGAGCGAAUUUGUGUGUUGAAGGCGAGGAAACUCGGACGCUGCAUUUUGAACCUCGGUGACCGUCCGAUUGACAUAACUUUGAAACGUGCAUUCCACUCCUUGAGUUGCUGGCGGAAGUUAAAACUAUUGUAUCACGUGCUCUUUCAGUCUGAAAAGAUAACGCAGGAUGAUGUGAAUAAGUGUCUUCGUCCGGAUGCUGUGAAAGAUGUGAUGGAAGAGCUAACGAAAGAAUUCCCAGAGUUAUGCAAAGUUUUCAUCGACGAGAGGGAUUUGUAUUUGGCCCAUUCGCUGCAGAUUGCAGCCUCGAAGGAAUUCGUGCAUUCUUGCUUUUCUGUGCCUGGUCAAGCGAGAGAGUUGAUGGAUGAACCUCACGCUGUUGUGGGAGUCGUCGGAAUGGGACACGUGCAAGGUAUUGUGGAACAAUUUGGCAAAGUGUCUCCGGCGGAUGCAGAGAAAGUAUCAAAAUUACCACCGCCGUCAAGAACAUACGCGCUCAUGCGGGUGACGUUGAAAGUGACUGUGAUCGCAGGAAUCGUGUACGGUGUGCACAAGCUGGUGCCGAAGCCCGCCUUCCUUUCGUGGGACAACUUCAACUCGGGGCUAGAACGCGCCUGUACGGGUGUGAAAAACGCCACGGGGCUGGAUUUCAAGGCACUGCCGCAUCAAGUUGGCGGACGGGUGUCUGCGUUUGCGGAAUCUUUCGCGAAGCGUUCUCACAUAUAAAACAACAACAAGAAAGGUCCACAUUCUGAAGCUUUUUUUCCUGUAUUGGAGUCAGGUUCGUGCGGAUUCCUGUUCCUUACGUGACGUUGAAAUUAACUUUGUAUGAGGUUUUUUCGCGAUUACUAUUAUUACUUUGUCAAAACAACCACCGAUCACCAGA